GGUGCAUAUUCGCUUUGUUCACACGCUGCUGUGGAGCUCAUUUCAGCACGCGUUUCGGGUGAUCAUGGCAAUUGUCAAAAUAUUAUUUCGAUCGAAAUAGCUAACUACUUUCAAUCACUGUCAUAACUUCAUCCUGUCUCUUACGAACAUUAAACUCAUCAGCGUCGAAAACAUGAAAGGCAAAUAGCGGAGUUUGUGCUUCUACGGAGCACCUUGGCUUUAGAAUUCAGCACCAGAACUUCUCGUGACGAUCUCUGCCGUAGAUCUAGGUCACGUCAGUCGAAUAAAAAUCGGACCUUAGUUCUCGCCUCCGUUUAAUGACUGCAUCAUUAGGCGAACAAGCAGUUUCUGUGAGACCUUUGGAUUGUUAACGUCGCUUACUCGAGAUGCGAUGUGUCUGAUGCAAACUUUAGAAAUAUGAAACAUGCAAAUGCGUCUUGAAGGCGGGUCGCCGUUUUAUCAACGCCCCUUUAGUAGAUCUAAACUCUUUCACAAGAGGAUGACGAAACACCGUCGCAACCAACAGAACUGGACGAGUAUAUAACAUCAACUGGAAGAGUACAACUUUCCAUAUAUAGUUCAUGCCAGUGACAUGUAAGAGAUAAACAAUUUCUCCGUUGCUUCUGAUUGUAAUAAGCAAACACAAAACUGACCAGUUGCUGACACCCUCAACUCAAGGACGUUAAAAUCGGAAAUCUGUGGAUUUUGCAGCCACAUCAAGAAAAAACAUGGCGGCAAGUGGCAACAACAUGAUGACUGACUCGUAUGUCCAAUUCCUGGAAGAGGAGUUUGCCAGGAAUCCUCUGAAGGCGUCGGUUACCAUCCAGGCUUUGGGGGAAGCAGGUGCAGAUAAGGACGCAAGUCCCCAGAGUGAUGCAUGCACGGGGAACGAGCAGACCAUGAAGCUUGCUGUGGGUCUCCCUAGCAACCUGACGGAGCUGCUCAAUAUGCCCAAUGACAAGACGCAGCUCAUCCUCGUCGCAGACAGGAGUGGCUCCAUGUCCGGAAACCCAUGGAAUCAGGUGAAACAAGCUCUAUUGGAUGUCAUCACAGAUAGUCUUGACGACAGCGGUCUCCAAGUGGACGUCAUUACAUACGACACCGGGGCGGAGUAUAUCAACUACACUCGGAACAACUUCAAGGAAGUGAUUGGAAGCCUUAAUAGCAGAGGAAGCACCUCCUUCAGUGCUGCUUUUGGAAAGAUUGAUGAAGUUAUUGCAGAAAACUCGGCUAAAAGAUUCACCAAGGUGGUGGUGAUAUUCCUGACUGAUGGACAGGACGGAGGUGCUGCGGCAGCCUCCCGUGCAUGGCAGACUCGGCUGUCAGCGCUGAGUGUAGAAGUCGUCAUUCACACUGUCGGAUUCAGCCAGUCCCAUGACUUCAAAUUUCUCCAGUUUCUGAGCACGAUUGGAUCCACAGAUGGGAUAUUCCGCUAUUGUGAGCCAGGAGAUGGGCCAGUGGCACUCAAGGCUAAGAUCCAGGAGUUGUUUGAAUACAUCUCACUCAGCUCGGGACAAACUAUUGACCUUGACCUUGAAAUGGAAGGUGAUGACAAGAUUGUAGGCCUUGGUUCUGUUGUGCAGACGUCCACAAUUCAAGGGCAGAUAACUCAGAUAGAGACCGAUGGAACAACAGAUGGCCAACUGCAGGUUACAGCAGAGAGCUGGAUAUACAUGAAAGACCCCAACAGCCUCCCUACGAUGAAGAUAAAGAUGAUAAAGAAAUUUAGGAAGGAUAAAACGAUUUAUACCCUUAAUAUUGCUGUAGUAGUAGAUACUAUACGCAGAGAGAUGGUUACCACGGCAACAGAAAAGGUUGACUGGGCGAUGAAAAUUUUGUCCAGAAAUACUGACAUCCUUACAACGAAGCUAGCUGACAAGAUCGAAACCAAUGGAGAUGUCAGCAAGUUACAAACUCGCCUGAGUCGGCUUCAGGAGCGAGUGACUAAGACACCCAUGUUCGGUCCAGGUGUCACCAAGGAGAUGCGGGAGAUCCUCAUGGACCACAUCAAGGAGAUCCAGCAGAAGAUCGACAUGAUGCACAGCAUGAUGGCGCGCUACCUCCGUGGAGAAACACAGUCUGUGUCCAUGCUGGCCAGGGCUCACGACCUCAGAUACGAGGCCAAGUUCAGUAAAAACAGACGUCAGCGACUUAUGGACCAGCGUGUGUCCAAGAACAUCACAAAGGUGAAGGCCGAUCAAGAAAAACUGAAGUCACUGACGGUCAGUGCUGCUGAAAUGGACCAGCUAUCCCAGGAUGCAACAGAGUUCUUCUUCUGUGUUCUGUCUCAGUGUUCAGUAAAAGAUGUCCUGUUGAACAAGGACGAUGUAGAGAAUGCGAUUGGGUUCGGACUUGCUGUCAGGCGACCUGAGCAUGCGUUGGAUGCACCAACAGCAACUCGAAUCCAAGUGAUCAGUGGUACAAUGGUCAGCAGAGAGUCCAUCUUUGAUGCCCUUGAGUACAAGAUAUCGGUAGAAGGUCACCUCAAUGCUCAUGGUGGAUUUGACUUCUCUGACCCUCUUGGCUGUGCAACUGUUGGCAUGGGUCGAGAGCCAAUCAAUGCCUGGCUACCUCUUUACAUCACAAAGUCACACUGGGAAAGGGUCAAGGUGAUGCUGAAACCAACGCUGGGCUACUUCUGCACCCUUGACCCACUGGGCUAUGACUUCAAGCAGAUGGACAUCCUGUUCAUGGUCCUGGGCAGUAUGAUUGGUCAACUCAGUGACACCAAUGCCGGCCAGCAUCAACUACGCAUGCUGUUUGCCAUGCAGAGAACGUGUGCAGCAACGGUUGUGGACUUCGACUUGCUGCCUCAGAUCACUACCACUGUGAAGAACUUUAUCACCAGUCCAGAGGGACGAACAAAAGACGUCAUCCCUAAUCUCUGUACCCUGAUUGGCUAUCUGGUUGCCAUGCCAACAAGUGUCAGCAGACCUCUCUUUGGCUACGACCAAGCCAAAGACGAUGAAAUGCCAGAAAAAGCCUGCAGCUUCUGGUUUGCAUUUAUCACAGAGUGUCUUCGUAGAGCUGGCGGGUCACUCUUCCAUGACAUCAGCGACGCCAAGCUGGAUGGGGUCAUUGACCAUCUAGUCAACCCCAGAGCAACCACGUCUGCAGUGGAUGAUAAUGCAAGGGAGACAACUCAAGCCCGACUGGUGACGCAGUGCAGGUGCCUCCAAGAUGAGGACACUGGUAACAUUAAGCUGAAGAUGACGGAGUUUGACCCCACAGUGGGACUGGAGCGACCUGCUGUAGAACUGAAACACUCGGUGGCAGUGGACAAAGUCAUGGAUGUCUGGGGCCAGGCAAAGUGUGGAGCCAUCUCGAACAAGAGCAGAGAGGAGCAGGUGUUGACGGCAGACAAGGAGGUGAAGAGAUGGUUGAAGGAGGGGAAAAGGCAGGCUGGGGUGGACGCAGACUCAGGGCCGACACCAACAGAUGUAGAGGGCGCUACUGAGGCAGCCGAAGAAGAUGGUUUUGAUGUAGAUAACGUAGACUCGACAAUACUGGAGGUUACAGCCAAGCUCCUUGAGAGACUCACGAGAAACAGCUUCCCCAAUCUGAAUUCCAUCCCAGGGUUCCUUGCUUUUCUUCAUCACUGGCUAGGACAAGAGCGGGACUAUGUACAGAUGGACAAAAACGGUGGCUUGGCCCCAUAUAUCUGGGUCGGCGGGGUGAAGGUUGCUGUUUCAGAGUUGUAUGCCAAGAUGAAUGGAUUUCUUCAGACAUGUGAGGCUGAAGUAAAGCAGACUGAAACAUCGGAUCCAAAUACUCUUGUUGUCAUGGCAACAGAUGAGGAACUCAUGGCAGCUGCUUCCACCACAAUACCUGAAGCAGACGUGUCGACAGGGGAGGUAACUGGUGUUGAUGACGUCAAGGAUGCUGAUGGUAAUGCAGCAGGAAAUGACAGUGAUGGGGUUAACUAUGUUAGUGAUGAUUCCGAGGAUGAACACGCCCCAGCAAGACGGAAGCGUGCAAUCCAACGACGUGUCAAUCUUCCCAUGAUCCUCCACUGUGUGAAUACGGACAUUAAUCAGGUGAACAUGAUUCGAGCAAUGCUGUGCCAAGCUGUGGCCUUCCACACUAACAGCCGUGCCAGGGCUGGAGCCAAAGAGGGACAACUCAAGGACCUCGGUUGUACAGGCAAUGCUGAUGUUACUAUCUGUGACUUCCACGCCCUGCUAGAACUGCGUCGAAAGGGCGCCCUAUCGAGUCUGAGAAACAAAGUACUGUGGGAGAGAGCCAACUACAGCAUGCUACAUGCACAGACAGUGUGGGCCUUUGUUGGAUACCUCAUCAGCACCUACAAGGAUCGUGAUGAGGGGAUCAGCCUCCUUGUGGACAGCAUCGUGUCAUGUGACAGUGCAGCCUCAAUCCCGCACCUGGCAGACAAGCUGCGUGUAAUUCUCAACGGGAAGUGGCAGGACUACAUGGUCUAUGCUAACGGAAACUGCUGGCUGCCUGAAAAGAAACUCACCAAGAAGUUUGAGCAAGUGGUUGGCACUGAGGCUUGGAGUGAGAUUGAUGUUGAUCUUCGCUCCAACAUCCAGAUUCACAUUUAUCGUGAGUCGGACAUCCCAAACCGUCAUAGUCACUGCAACUCUAACCCAUACAUCCCCAACGUGCUGAGGAAAAAACUGGGUAUGCCACCUCUUGCAGAAACGGCUGCAAGGAGAUCUGCAUAUGGCCGUCUCAGAAGCAAACUCACCUAGUAGAAACUUUGUCCUGAUUGCCAGAGAUCGGAACAUGGGCAUAUUAGAAGCAUCACUAGUAAAGACUUUGUGGUGAAUGCCAGAGAUCGGAGCUUGGCCGUGUUAGAAGCAUCACUAGUAAAGACUUUGUGGUGAAUGCCAGAGAUCGGAGCAUGGCUGUGUUAGAAGCAUCACUAGUAAAGACUUUGUGGUGAUUGCCAGAGAUCGGAGCAUGGCCGUGUUAGAAGCAUCACUAGUAAAGACUUUGUGGUGAAUGCCAGAGAUGGGAGAUCGGAGCAUGGCCGUGUUAGAAGCAUCACUAGUAAAGACUUUGUGGUGAAUGCCAGAGAUCGGAGCAUGGCUGUGUUAGAAG